AUGGCAUAUUAAUAACCCUUUUAUAUGAAUUCACCUCCAAGACCUCAGCCAGUAAUACCAGGAAAAUAUCCACAACCCAUUGUUCAGUCAAGACCACCAUAAUCAUAUCCUUCUAAUAUUCCUUAGGGGUACUGUUAACCAUAAUACUAAUAACCCACUCUUCCACUUAAAUAAUAGCCAGUAACUUUGCAAUAGCAACUUCAAUAUUAAUAACCCCCCCUUGGUUAUCCAUCUACACCUUAUCAACCAGGUCCUGUUUACCCACAAAAUGCACCUCGCCCUACCUAAAUUUAUAAUCCUUCAUACUAACCCUAAUAUCGAUAACCAGUUUAAUAAUAAGUACUCCCAAGAAGUGUACAAUAACCUUAUUCCCAAACUUGUCAGCCUCCAUAACAAUUAUUCCAACCCCCAUUGCCUUCAAAUUAAUACCCUUAAUUGAAACCAUAGUAUUAACAACAAUUAGUUUAAUAAUCUAUCUAAAAUAAACCUACUUAACCACCUAAUUAAUCAAGACCUCAAUAAGCAUCGUAGUAAAGGCCUCCUCAAUAGAUUUAACCAUAGUAAUAAAGACCUUAAUAGAAUUCACAGAAAGAUUAGCAUUUAGAAGAGAAAUUUAAGGAUGCAAUUAACAAAGACAGAGACUCAACAUAGAAAUAUAAAAAUCCAUAACAACCAUAAAAGAAGUCUCCUGAUGAUGAAUAAGAGUAAUAGUUAUAGGAGCUUGCCCUUUAAUAUGAAGAUGGAUAUAUUUAUCGAGGCUAGGGAUAUGAACCAGCUAUGAGGGAAGGAUUUGGAGUCUUAACAGACUAAAAUGAUAAUGAGGUUUACAGUGGCUAUUGGCAUGAUAACUAAUAUCAUGGAUAAGGCAAACUAAUCAAUUUCCAAGCGGAACAAAUUGAGGGAAUAUUUGAUUAUUAAGAUUUGAGUGGGAUUGAAAAUGGCUGGUUAGGAUAUGAAGGCGAGUUUCUCGAAGGAAAAAUGCAUGGAUCAGGCAAACUUUAAUUAACAAAUGGAGAAAAAUUUGAAGGUAAUUUUAAUGAUGGAAUGAUUGAUGGAGAAGGAGUCUAUUCUACAUUCCAUGGCUAAACUGUUAAAGGAGUAUGGAAAGAAGGCAUAUUAAUAAAUUAUAUUUGA